CCAAGUUUCAUAUAAAUUCCAAUGAAACUAACCAGCUUCCCUUCAUUAAAAGCAAACACUAAAAUGGCAAGAGCUACAACAACUCUUUUUGCUAUAUUUCAGUUAGCUAUCAUUUCAAUCCUAUCACUAAAUAAUAACAUUUCCGUCUCCGUUCCUGACUAUUCACAACCAAUAAUACCAUAUUCCAAAGCCGCCUUAAACAACUGGUUUAUCGCCAACGUUAAACCGUUUUCGGACCGGAAAGGUACCUUAAACGCCACGCUUCAAGCUGCCGAGAAUCGUCCGAAGAUCAUUAAGGUGAGAAAAGAUGGUACUGGGAAUUUUAAGACGAUCACGGAUGCGGUUAAGAGUGUUCCGGUUAAUAAUAAACAACGAGUGAUCGUGGAUAUUGGUGCCGGUGUUUAUACUGAAAAAAUCACCAUUGAAAGAAAUAAGCCUUUUAUUACAUUUUAUGGAUCUGCUAAAGCCAUGCCAACGUUGUCGUAUCAUGGUACUGCUGCUCAAUAUGGAACUGUUUACAGUGCCACUCUCACUGUCGAGUCUGAGUAUUUCGUUGCAGCUAAUCUCAUUAUUCAGAACACUGCACCAAGGCCGGAUGGUAAAAGAAAAGGUGCUCAAGCAGUUGCUCUAAGAACCGGCGGUGACAAGGCAGCUUUAUACAAUUGCAGAAUUCUUGGAUUUCAAGACACAUUGUGUGAUGACAAAGGCCGUCAUUUCUUCAAAGAUUGUUACAUUGAAGGCACAUUUGAUUACAUUUUCGGAAGCGGAAAAUCCAUCUAUUUGAACACGGAAUUACACGUGGUGGAAGAGAAGGGGUUGAGGGUGAUAGCAGCACAGGCGAGAAAUGAAGAAACAGAGGACACUGGAUUUGUAUUUGCGCAUUGCAGGGUGACUGGAAAAGGGCGAGGGGCAUUUUUGGGAAGAGCGUGGAUGAAAAGGCCUAGAGUGGUGUAUGCUUAUACUGAGAUGGGAGCUGUCGUUAAUCCUGCUGGAUGGUUCAAUAAUUUCCACUCUGAACGUGAAGGAACGGCGACGUUUGCGGAGUACAAGUGCACAGGAGCAGGGUCAAAAAGUGCUGAGCGUGUCAAAUACCGGAAGCAAUUGACGGACGCAGAAGCAAAACCUUACCUUUCUCUUAGCUUCAUUGCUGCUUCUCAAUGGUUGCUUCCUUCUCCUAGAGUAUAAUAAGAAGUUCAUUUUCACAAACAUUAAAAAUAAACCUUACUUUAUAUUUACGGUACAUAACUAAUAUUUCUAAUUGCUACCACAUUGAUUUCA